AUGGCGCAAGACUCUCAAGGUCAGGUCGUCCAAGAACAGGCCGCUGAAGGCCAAGUCGUUGCAGACCAACCCACUCAGAAACAAGUUCACCAAGCACAACAUUCAAAGCCAUCCUCCCUCUACAACCUCUUCUCAACAAUCCCAUUUUGUUACCGAGCCCUCGCAAGAAGGCUACUCCCAACACACCGCAUAAUUCAACUCUACCUCGAAUCCGGUUCCCAGGAUGUAACAUACGACGAAAUGAAACUAACAACCAUGAUUGAUUCCUUCCACGCUGGCAAACUGACCACUGACCAAAAGGUCGAGCUCCGCGAGACCCUACUCGCCCGCCUGAAUCUCAACGAAACAGUCAAUCUAUAUGUCGAAGUUCUAGGUAUUAACCAGCUCCCGCCAAUCGAGCAGUGGUGGGAAUAUCAGUACUCGGGAUCUUACAGCUGCAAGGCUUUCGUCCGUGCUUACUGGUAUAUUGGUGAGUCGGGGUUGCUGACCGUUCCCUUCCAUGAGAGUGGUCAUCGGUAUCUGUACUACCAAAGGCCGGCUCGUUAUCUAGCGGCUAGCAUGUGUCUUGCUAAAUAUCGGAAGGAGGAUAUUAAGUGGGCGCUGAGGUUUCUGUAUCAGAAUUAUGAUGUUUAUGCUGGGUAUGGGCUUUUGAAGCGGGCAAAUAAGGCGCCUAGUUAUUUGUCGAAGGCUUUUUAUCGGGUUGAGAUGAAUGCCUUGAAGAAGGUGAAGAGAUCUGGUCGGAGGUGGUAG